AUGUUUCCACUUCCUCUGACAGUUCCACCAACAACUCCACAAAGAUCCUCAAUUUUUCCACAACAACAACCAAAUGAGCAGUUUAUUCGAAUGUUUUUGGCCUACCAACAAUUCACAUUUCAAAAUUUGAUGCAUCAGAAGAAGAUGGCUGAACUUGCUGCUUCGCCACCUUCACUUUUACAAACAUUGGUGACACCACCAAAGACCGAGGUGAAGAAAACAGAGAAAUUUGAUUUUACACAUUUGGCGGAUUCUAUUGAAUCAGAACAAAAAAUCAAGGCAUCGGAGAAGACUUCAACUUCAUCGCCGCCGCGAACAUUGAUGCCGUAUGAACAACCAUGGUUUUUGAUUCCUGGAAGAGGUAGAACUUCUGGACGUGCAACUAGACCAAAGAAGGAAUUCAUUUGUAAAUAUUGUGAUAGACAUUUUACAAAGAGUUAUAAUUUGCUUAUUCAUGAAAGGUCAGUUUUUUCAAGGAAGAAUUUUCUUUUUGGAUUUUAAUCUUACAGAAUUUGCAGAAUUAAAUGUUUUUUUCAGAACUCACACUGAUGAGCGACCAUAUUCAUGCGAUGUUUGUCAAAAAGCAUUCAGACGUCAAGAUCAUUUGAGAGAUCACAAAUUUAUUCAUCAAAAAGACAAACCCUUCAAAUGCGAACUUUGUGGAAAAGGAUUUUGUCAAUCAAGAACUUUGCUUGUUCACAGAGCAACUCAUGAAAAUAAUCGAAUUCCACAUUUGGUAAGUUUCAUAACACUUCUCUAUAAAUUCAAACUUCAUUCAAAUAAAUUUUUUGAUUUUCAGAACACAUCACCUCGCCUUGAUAUGAAAUCAGAUGGAAGUCUCAGCCUUACACCUCUAUCCUCACCUCAGAUCUCACCAAGAUUGGACAGCCCUGAAAGCAGUUAA